GUUACUAGGCACACUCCGGAGCUCAGGACAACUCCCCGGCCCCAGCCUGACGCAGCGACAGCGCGGGUCGCCAGGUCUCACGUCACGUGGACCGCGAGGCCGGCCAGCAAUUGGCCUCCGCUCGCUGCUCCUGAGGCGGCGCCGCCUGAAAGGACAGGCCUCAUCACGUGACGGCGGGUCGCCGCAGCGGCGUUCCCCUGCCAGCAACCGGUUGAGGAUUCACGGAAAUGGGCGGGCCGCUGGGGCGCACGACCUCAGAUAAAGCUGCCGAUUGGUCGGAGGGCUCGACGCCACGCCCACUUAAGAGGGCGGGGCUACCGGGCCACUUGAGGGCCGGGAUUGGCCAGGUCUGGAGACUCCGGGAAGGCAGGGCUGCUCCUGUCACGUGGUGCACACUGUUUUCGCGUCACGUGGCUACUGCAGGCCACUCUGCUCCUGUCGUUUCUUUGGAUGCCAGCGCUACUGCCGGUGGCUUCCCGCCUUCUGUUGCUACCCCGAGCUCUGCUGUCAAUGGCUUCUGGAAGCCCUCCGUCCCAGCCCCCUCCGGCCUCGGGCUCCGGCUACGUUCCAGGAUCAGUCUCUGCAGCCUUUGUCACUUGUCCCAACGAAAAAGUCGCCAAGGAGAUCGCCAGGGCAGUGGUAGAGAAGCGUCUGGCAGCCUGCGUCAACCUCAUCCCGCAGAUCACAUCCAUACUUUGUUCCCUUCUUUCUCUGACCUCUUCAGCUAUGAAUGGAAAGGAAAGAUCGAGGAAGAUAGUGAGGUGCUGAUGAUGAUUAAAACCCAAAGCUCCCUGGUCCCUGCUCUGACAGAGUUUGUUCGAUCUGUGCACCCUUAUGAAGUGGCCGAAGUGAUUGCACUGCCUGUGGAGCAGGGAAAUCCCCCGUACCUGCACUGGGUGCACCAGGUCACAGAAUCGGUUUCAAAUUCUGGCACAGCCCUACCAUGAGGAGCCCUGUUCCUGUUUUAAUGCCCCCUGGCUUCCAUGUGAUGACCGAACCCCCAAUAAAUCCUCUCCUGCUCCUGA